CAAAAACCUCUGCAAAAGCUGCUCUUCACUCUCACAACUCUCUCUUCACACAAUAAAAUCUCAAUCCAGAUUUUCAGUUGCAUAUAUAUCUAGUUCUUUAACUUAUUCCUCCAUUGAGAUUGAGAGAGUUGAAAAUUGAGAUGGCGACAGGCAGAAGCGAGAAGAAGGGGCAGGAGGCGGAGCAGCUGGCUUGCCCGCGGUGCGAGUCGACAAACACCAAGUUCUGCUACUACAACAACUACAACUUCUCGCAGCCGCGCCACUUCUGCAAGGCCUGCCGCCGCUACUGGACUCACGGCGGCACCCUCCGCGACAUCCCCGUCGGCGGCGGCACCCGCAAGCGCUCCCGAACCUCCUCCUACACUCCCACCCCCGUUUUCUCUCCCGGUUAUCAUCAUCGUGACUUCCGCCACCUUCCUGCCGCCGCUUCCCAGCUUCUGGUGCCCCACCACGGUGGCGCUGUGCCGUUUGCGCUGGGUGCUGGGCUUGAUGAGGUCGGGUUUGGGCUCGGAAGGCCGACUUGGCCGUUUGCGGCGGUUGUGGACACCAGCGUGGCAGGGCACACGUGGCAGCUGGAGAGUGGAGAGACUGGUUUUGUUGGUGAAGACUCUUUUGCUUUUCCAGAUCUUGCUAUUUCCUCUCCUGCUAGUUUUUUCAAAUAAAAAUAAUUGAUUUUUUUAAUUAUCAAUAUUAGCACUUUAGUUAAAUUAUCAUUAGUUUUACUUUUUAGGCAAUAUAAGAUGUUUCUGUGGCUU